CAGCUUACAGUCAGGUUGACCUGUCAACUCAGCCUCUCAAUAUGGGACAUAUGCAACUUCUAAGUAACUUCAUAUUCGAGACAAUGCCAAGCUUAGCCGAGCACAGAACGUUUGAUCCAACUUACAGUCAGCGGAUAAUAUCUGUUGCUCUUAAAACCCCAUAUCUCAUGUAUGAAAUUAUGGCACUCUCUGCUGUACAUUUAAGUCGUACAAGAGUUAGUCAAGCGAGAUAUUAUCUUAACGAAGCCAUCACUCUCCAAACAGAGGCCUUGUCGUUGUUCAAUUCUUCCAUGGGGAAUAAGAGCAUUGGCACUACCGCAGAAACUGACAUUCCUUCGGCAAUAAACGAUAUACGCAAAAUUGAAUCAGCUCCAAUGUUGCUUUUCGCCAAUUUUCUUGGCAUUCACGCUCUUGCAGACACAAUAUCACGAGCAAAAUCGGAUCCAAAUAGCUCGCUCAAUGAUUUUGUGUCGUAUCUAUAUCUACAUCGGGGAGUUCGCUCCAUCAUUGGGCAAUCUUGGAAUUCGCUGCUGCACUCUGAUAUCUCUCCGAUUUUAGUUGACACACAAGCGUUGCUAUCUAAUAAUUCACCAAAACUUGAUGAAGAAAUAUUAGAGAUAUUUCAGCGUUUUAACAGUCUAGUCGAUGAAGCUGAUAUGGAUGAAGCUUCGAAAAUUGCAUGCCGCAGUGCUAUUUCACUCCUGCAAUUUGUCUAUCGAUAUGCAUACCCUAUGCGUAGUGAAAAGAACCAAAAGAGACCACCUGGCAUAAUCUGGGCAUGGCCUGUUAUGUUGCCUGGCCUGAAGCCCUUAUAA